UCUUUAUAAGCAGAAACAGGGACCUGGUAGAAAUCACACAACAUCAAACAGGCACCUAGAUCCCAACCAAAGAGAGCCCAGCAGGAAAGCAGCUUCUGAACAUCAUCUUCAGCAGUCAGUGAAUAUCUGCUCUCAGCAUGAUGUGGAAAACCACCGCGCUUGCAGUGUGUCUGCUGCUGGCUGGAGUCCAGGCACUGGACGGCCCCUCGUACGGAGUCAAAUUAUGCGGCCGGGAGUUCAUCCGAGCUGUUAUCUUCACCUGCGGAGGCUCUCGAUGGAAGCGCUCCUUGACAAGCACAGAUGAAAUACUGGACUUAUUCAGCUCGUAUGACAGUAAUGUUCCAGCAGACAGUUCAGUUCUGUAUGGUGCUGCCCCGUCAUCCCAGCAUGCCCCUGACUCAAAUCUUCCAUCACUGGCACAAGGUGAACAGGAAGGUGACUUGUUCAGCAGGCCAGCGCGCUCCCUCAUUUCACAGGAGGUGCUGGAAGCGUUGCGUACCGUGGACAGAAAGGGACGAGAUGUAGUGGUGGGACUGUCCAACGCCUGCUGCAAGUGGGGCUGCAGCAAAGGAGAAAUCAGCUCCCUUUGCUGAGAGACUAACCUUCUGUGUGGCAUGCAUGAGUGAAUAAAAAAGUGUGUUUGUGUGUGUGCUUCUCCGUCACAUCCUGUGUUUCCUUUUUCUGUCUCCAUGUUGUGCUUGAGACUUGUAAAUGAUUUGCAUUGAGCUGCCAUGUUGCAGUUAAUUUAAAUACUGCUUUUAUAAUGUUUGAUGUUGUAAUGUAAACUUUUUGGAUUCAGUGCGUUCGCGUUUUAAUCUUUAUCAGUAUAUUUCAAUCUUGAAUAA